AUGCCAAUACUUCAAAUCAAGGGAGGACCAAUGCGUGAUCCAAGCAAAAAUGUGCAUGAAUCGGUGCAGGCGUUUUUCAGCGCAUUUGAGGCCCAGCUACGAAGCCGUUCCCUGAACCUUGAUCGCCAUUGGGAAAGACUGAUCUGGACAACGUUGGAUUCGCAACAACACAAGUGGGCCACUCAUCGUCUUGCCGGUCGUUGCUACACUUGGGAACAAGCCAAGGGAGAAAUACAGAACAUGUAUGGCAACCCCUUAUACAUCUACCGAAAACAAUUUGAGCUAUCCCGCAAGUUCCAACGACCCGGUCAGUCCCUCAAGUUGCAUACGGAGGAGUGGCAAGAGCUCGCUUAUCAAGCGAAUUGUGAGCCCAGCCCCCAGACUACCUUCAACUAUGUGAACUCCUUGCUGAAGCCUGUUCGCGAAACUAUAUGGCCUAUUUUAUCUUCCAAAUACGAACUUGACCUGCCAUGCUCUAUCAACACCGUUGCUCAAUUGGCUAUUGGCGCAAUGGGCGAGUAUAUGGAGGAUAUCAAUAUCCAUGAUGCUGCUACACCUAUUUCACGCAAAAGACAAUACAUGGGUCAUCAAGACAGCACACACCACAAGAAGCGACAAUAUGGAAAUUGUCCUGUACACCCAAAGGGUAGCCAUAUGGCAAGCGAGUGUAUCAUCUUACGACAACUCAAUCAAGGUCGUCAACACACACCACAACAUCAUGCACAUGAUAACAAGGACAAGGGUCAACGCCUUUGCAAGUUUUGUAAAAAGGUUCCAUAUCAACCUGGCCACAAGUGCUCCGAAUUUUAUCAGCAAAGAAAAGUCGUCCACAAUCGAGGUAUCCAUGUCAACCAGACAUCUUCGGCUCGUGAUCAAGCUAUCUUGGACCACCUUCUACCUGUCAACCUUGAAAAGAUGGACAUUACUGGUACGCACACUUGA